UCUGCCUUUAAUUUUCUGCGAAGAAGAAGAAAGCGGAAGUAGAGUGUUCCUGUGUCCUUGUGCGUUGAAGGCGACUGUAGACGGACUAUAAAGAUGAACAGGCACAUAUUUGCGCUCCACCAGGUGGCGCGGCGGACUCUCUACAGCACCGCCCGCAGACAGGUUGACAACAAAGUCCCGGACAAACAGAAGCAUUUUCAGGCGGAUAACGGAAUGCCGGUUCACUUAAAAGGAGGCAGUUUGGACUCUCUGCUGUACAGAACGACGAUGGCCCUCACUGUCCUGGGUGCGGGGUAUGUUGUAUACGAGCUGGUGAAAGCGGCGUUCCCUCAGAAGAAAGAUUAACUCCUCCUUGUCCUCUGCUGCAGCUGUUUACUUCCACUUAAAAACCGCCCAGCUGAUCUAUAUUGUAAAAAAAGAUGAUGAUAAUCCUCCAUUUGUUUCCUGUCAUGAUGGGAUAUUGUUUCAUGUUUAUGGGAUCAAUAUUUAUUUUUCUUGUACACUCUGAUUAUCUGAGGAUCAAUAAAAUAAGCCUCUCAUGACCAAGA